AUGAAGUUUUUAUUACAUAUUUCUUACAACUUAGAUUUUAAGAAAGGCUGUGCAAAGGGAGACGAUAAAAUUUUAAAAAUUAAAAGAAAAGAAAUAAUUAAAAAGGAUUUGAAAUCUAAAUUAUCAUUAACUGUAGAUGUUGUAAAACAAGGAUCUGGCACAACAAAUACUGGAAAUGUUGCUCGUUGCUUUUUUGCGGAAGCUGAAACUGUAGCUGAAAUUACUGGGUUAAAUAAAAAUUUGAUUUUACGACUGGGUAAUAUAUUGCAGAUUUUAGCAUGUGGAAAAGAAAUAGAUUGUGAAAAGUUUAAAAAAUAUUGCUUAGAUACUGCUGAACUUUGCAUUCAUUUGUAUCCCUGGUAUAAAAUUCCACCAUCUGUGCAUAAAGUUUUAAUACACGGUAGUGAUAUUAUUAAACAUUUAGGUUUACCUAUCGGUUGCCUUUCGGAAGAAGCGCAAGAGGCUAACAAUAAGAUUUUCAGGAAAGCACGAGCUCAA